AUGAGUAACGAAGAGGCCGAUACGCUAUGUUGCUGGAGUUGCAGAAAAUACAUAGCAAAUUCUGUUUGCCUUGCAAAAUGUCAUGGAAAAGAAGUAAGUAUAAUAUCACAACCUUUAGAUGCUGCUCAGCAGUCUUGCAACAUAUGCCAUGUGAACUUAGACACCAUUCCAGAGUGGGUGAAAUGCGUCAUUGAAAAGGCACAGUGGACAAUUGGAAAACUGCACUGUCCGUUCUGUGAGGCCUGCUUAGGGGGCUUUAACUUUGUUUGCAACACAAAAUGUUCCUGUGGACAGUUAGUCAAUAUACAUUUCUGCAAAAGUCGCACUGACUAUCAGCCAGCUUUCUCAGUUAAUUUGGCAAAAUCAUCAGGAAAACACUUACCUCUCCUCAAAAUUCAGUCUGGUUUUAGCAAAGAUACCUGGCAUGAAGUGGUAACUGCAACUUUGGAAAUCAGAAAUCAAGGACUUUCAUACAUGGCUAGAAAUAAUAAUGGUACUGAAAGAUUAACAGAAGCACUUUGUCUAGAAGUAAGAGCUCCCAGAUUUGAGAUGAAAAGUAAAAAACUUCCAAAAAAGGCAUUAAAUAAAAAAAAAAAUCAUUCUGCUUUGUAUCCUGUGAAUGACACAUACUCCGUAAGACCUUUUCACAGAAGAUCACGUAGUUUGGAUUUAAAUAUCAGAGAGAAACUUGUUUUGUCACCUACAUUGUAUGAAACUUGCAGUAUGGGAACAAUUUACUGUGGCCAAAAUGAUUACACACGAAGUGGCUUGCAAUUAGAGUCCAGUGGGAGAGAUGAUAGCGCUUUUCAGGACCAAUACAGUUCCAGCACUGACCAACUACAAAAAAGGUUUUGCAUUACUUCCUUUACCAAAUUAGUACACGGAGAAACAGAAAGUGAGUGUGAUUUUAAAGCUAUAGGACAAUCUUGUGGGAAUGCUGCUGCUGCUGGAUCACCUUUGAUGUUGAACCUUUCUACAAGUGCUGUAGAAGAGGAACAAUACCUCACACCUGUUGGCCCUGUGCAGCCUACCAGUAUUUCCUUCACUCAAAAGCUGAAUAAGAGAGAAAGAAACAAGUUGAAAAGCUUAAGGAGAAAACAAAGAAGACAAGAACAAUGGCUACAGAAGCAA